UCCUUCCAACAUGGCGCAGGCAGGUUGCUCAUGGCUGAGCUGAGUACUCUCUGCUCCUCCCGCAGGCCCUUCAGCUGGACUCUAACGUCGCCGCCCGAGACAUGUAUGAGGGCAAAAAGACCAAAAACAUGUUCCUAACCCGAGCUUUGGAGAAGAUACUGGCCGACAAGGAGGUGAAGAAGGCUCACCAUUCGCAACUGCGCAAAGCCUGCGAGGUGGCGUUGGAGGAAAUUAAAGAAGAAUCAGAGAAGUUAAGCCCACCUGCUGGAGACAGCAAGUCAGGUUCCAGUACUCUGCCCCCCAUCAAAUCUAAGACCAACUUCAUCGAAGCAGAUAAAUACUUCCUGCCAUUCGAGUUAGCAUGUCAGUCAAAAUGUCCGCGCAUCGUGAGCACAUCUCUGGACUGUUUACAGAAACUCAUAGCCUAUGGGCAUCUGACAGGCAGUGCUCCAGACAGCACGGCCCCAGGAAAGAAACUCAUCGACAGGAUCAUUGAGACGAUCUGUGGCUGUUUCCAGGGGCCACAGACCGACGAGGGAGUUCAGCUACAGAUUAUAAAGGCCUUGCUGACCGCAGUGACCUCCCAACACAUUGAGAUCCAUGAGGGCACAGUGCUGCAAGCUGUGAGAACAUGCUACAACAUCUACCUGGCCAGCAAGAAUCUCAUUAACCAAACCACAGCCAAGGCCACUCUCACCCAGAUGCUGAAUGUCAUCUUUGCCCGCAUGGAGAACCAGGCACUUACAAAUCACAAGAUCAGUUGGUCUUUGGCAUCCAGAAAGCGUGACCGUCAGCUCCAGGAGGCUAAGCAGAUGGAGAGAGAGAGGCACCGGCAGCAUUCUCCGCUCAGCCAGCAGGAGCCUGAAUCGCCCCAGCUGCAGCCGGACACCCCGGCCAAAGGCCACGAGGCUAACGGAGGGCAUCAGGGCAGCAAAGCCGAGCAGCAGGGCUCGCCUCCCUACGAGAGUCCAGAACCGGAGAAUGGCUCAGACUUUGGACCCGCAGAGAACGAGCAGACGGAGGCAGACCAGGCCACAGCCGCAGCCCAGAGUGCCGCAGAGCAGGGCACAGAAGCUACUGAAGAAGAGGAGAGUCCAAAUUAUGAAGAGAAAGCUCAGGAGAUCGUACAGAGCAUAUUGCAGGAGGUUGUUAACACAGUAGCUGGAGAUGCCAAGGGGAAUGGGGGAGGUGAGGCAGGGCCAACAGAGGCCACGUCCAACUCUCUGGAGGAGGAGGGCUGUCUGGGCAGCGACAAUGAGAACGUCCACGCUAACGGCAUUCCAGGAACCCCCAUCUCUGCCAGCUUCACUCCGUCCCUGCCCGAUGACAGGCUGUCCGUCUCCUCUAACGACACUCAGGAAUCUGGUGCGCCUACAGGGCCAGCGCCGGGUGCAAAAUUCUCACACAUUCUGCAAAAGGACGCUUUCCUUGUGUUUCGCUCCCUCUGCAAGCUGUCCAUGAAGCCUCUUUCGGACGGUCCCCCGGAUCCAAAAUCGCAUGAGCUGCGCUCCAAGGUGCUCUCGCUGCAGCUGCUGCUGUCCAUCCUGCAGAACGCAGGGCCCAUCUUCAAGACCAACGAGAUGUUCAUCAACGCCAUCAAGCAGUACCUGUGUGUGGCGCUGUCCAAAAACGGCGUCUCCUCCGUCCCAGAAGUCUUUGAGCUCUCGCUGUCCAUCUUCCUCACCCUGCUGUCCAACUUCAAAACCCAUCUCAAGAUGCAAAUUGAGGUGUUUUUCAAAGAGAUUUUCCUGUACAUCCUUGAGACGUCCACAAGCUCGUAUGACCACAAAUGGAUGGUUAUUCAGACCCUCACUAGAAUAUGUGCUGAUGCCCAGAGUGUUGUGGAUAUCUAUGUGAAUUAUGACUGUGACCUGAAUGCUGCUAAUAUAUUUGAGAGAUUGGUGAAUGACCUGUCCAAGAUUGCACAGGGCCGAGGAGGCCAUGAAUUGGGCACGACCCCACUGCAGGAGCUCACUCUAAGGAAAAAAGGCCUGGAGUGUCUGGUCUCCAUCCUCAAGUGCAUGGUCGAGUGGAGCAAGGAUCAAUACGUAAACCCUAACUCGCAGACCAGCCUCGGCCAGGAGAAGCCUUCAGAACAGGAGUCCAAUGAGUCCAAGCACCCGGAGACCAUUAACCGUUAUGGGAGCAUUAACUCUCUCGACUCCACUGCCUCCUCCGGCAUCGGCAGCUACAGCACGCAGAUGUCCGGCACAGACAACCCAGAGCAGUUUGAGGUCCUCAAACAGCAGAAGGAGAUCAUUGAGCAGGGCAUUGACCUGUUCAACAAAAAACCAAAGAGAGGCAUCCAGUACCUGCAGGAGCAAGGCAUGCUGGGAACCACCCCUGAGGACAUCGCUCAGUUUUUACAUCAGGAGGAGAGACUGGAUUCUAUUCAAGCUGGUGAGUUUCUGGGAGACAACGAUCGCUUCAACAAAGAAGUGAUGUAUGCCUAUGUGGACCAAAUGGAUUUCCAGGGUAAAGACUUUGUGUCGGCCCUGCGGAUGUUCCUGGAGGGCUUCCGGCUCCCUGGAGAAGCCCAGAAAAUCGAUCGCCUGAUGGAAAAAUUUGCUGCUAGAUAUUUAGAGUGCAACCAAGGGCAAACACUGUUUGCGAGUGCAGACACAGCGUAUGUCCUUGCUUAUUCAAUCAUUAUGCUGACUACAGACCUCCAUAGUCCACAGGUGAAGAAUAAAAUGACAAAAGAGCAAUACAUCAAGAUGAAUAGAGGGAUCAAUGAUAGUAAAGAUUUGCCCGAAGAGUAUUUGUCAGCUAUCUAUGAUGAAAUCGCUGGGAAGAAAAUAUCCAUGAAGGAAACAAAGGAAUUAACACUCAAAUCAAAUAAACAAAGUGUGGCCAGUGAGAAGCAAAGGCGGCUGCUUUACAAUGUGGAAAUGGAGCAGAUGGCAAAGACGGCUAAGGCUCUGAUGGAGGCAGUGAGCCAUGUUCAGGCUCCGUUCACCAGCGCCACUCAUUUGGAGCAUGUCCGGCCAAUGUUUAAGCUGGCCUGGACGCCGUUCUUAGCAGCAUUCAGUGUGGGCCUGCAGGACUGUGAUGACACCGAGGUGGCUUCUCUUUGCCUGGAGGGUAUCCGCUGUGCCAUCAGAAUAGCCUGUAUCUUUACUAUUCAGCUGGAGCGGGAUGCGUACGUGCAGGCUCUGGCUCGCUUCACCUUGCUGACAGCCAGCUCGGGAAUCACUGAGAUGAAGCAGAAGAACAUAGACACUAUCAAAACCCUCAUCACAGUGGCUCAUACUGACGGGAACUAUCUGGGAAAUUCCUGGCAUGAGAUUCUAAAGUGCAUUAGCCAGCUGGAGCUGGCCCAACUCAUAGGGACAGGGGUGAAGGCUCGCUACAUAUCUGGAACCGUCCGGGGUAAAGAGGGCCUCAUCACCAGCACCAAAGAGCAGACUUCAGACGAAUACCUGGGCCUCGUGGGGGGGAAUGUAGAUAGAAAGCAGAUUGCCAGCAUACAGGAAUCCAUCGGAGAAACCAGCUCCCAAAGUGUUGUGGUGGCUGUGGACAGGAUAUUUACAGGAUCCACUAGAUUGGAUGGCAAUGCUAUCGUUGAUUUUGUACGCUGGCUUUGUGCCGUAUCGAUGGACGAACUCGCCUCCCCGACGCACCCUCGCAUGUUCAGCCUGCAGAAGAUUGUGGAGAUUUCUUACUACAACAUGGGCCGUAUCAGGCUCCAGUGGUCCAGAAUCUGGGAGGUGAUCGGAGAUCAUUUCAACAAAGUUGGUUGUAAUCCCAAUGAGGAUGUCGCUAUCUUUGCUGUGGAUUCGCUCAGGCAGCUAUCCAUGAAAUUUUUAGAGAAAGGAGAGUUGGCCAAUUUCAGGUUUCAGAAGGACUUCUUGAGGCCGUUUGAGCACAUCAUGAAAAAGAACAGAUCGCCCACCAUCAGGGACAUGGUGGUCCGUUGCAUAGCUCAAAUGGUGAACUCUCAGGCAGGAAAUAUCCGCUCAGGCUGGAAGAACAUCUUCUCUGUCUUCCACCUGGCAGCGUCCGAUCAGGACGAGAGCAUCGUGGAACUGGCGUUCCAAACCACUGGACAUAUCGUCACGAAUGUAUUCGAGAAGCACUUCCCUGCCACCAUCGACUCCUUCCAGGACGCCGUCAAGUGUCUGUCAGAGUUUGCCUGUAAUGCUUCUUUCCCCGACACCAGCAUGGAGGCAAUCCGUCUGAUCCGCCACUGCGCCAAAUAUGUCUCUGACAGGCCUCAGGCGUUUAAAGACUACACAAGUGAUGACAUGAAUGUAGCUCCAGAAGAUCGGGUGUGGGUCCGAGGCUGGUUCCCCAUCCUGUUCGAACUCUCCUGCAUCAUCAACAGGUGCAAGCUGGAUGUCCGGACCAGGGGUUUGACAGUAAUGUUUGAAGUGAUGAAGACUUAUGGUCACACUUAUGAGAAGCACUGGUGGCAAGACUUGUUCCGUAUCGUCUUCAGAAUUUUUGACAACAUGAAGCUACCAGAGCAGCGAACUGAGAAAGCGGAGUGGAUGACCACCACCUGUAAUCAUGCACUUUACGCCAUUUGUGAUGUCUUCACGCAAUACUUUGAGUCUCUCAAUGACGUUCUACUGGACGACAUCCUCUCUCAACUCUACUGGUGUGUGCAGCAAGAUAACGAGCAGCUGGCCAGAUCGGGCACCAACUGUUUAGAGAACGUGGUCAUCCUGAACGGAGAAAAGUUCACACCGGAGACAUGGGACAAAACUUGCAACUGCAUGCUGGACAUCUUCAAAACCACCAUCCCCCAUGUGUUGUUGACGUGGAGACCGGCAAGCGGGGGCGGAGAUCACAUGACACAGCUGGAUUCGGACAGACAGCUGGACUCCAUAUCCCAGAAGUCUGUGGACAUCCAGUCUCGAGCUGAAGAUCAGCAGUCCAUCAGCAGUAUGGAGAAGGCACUGGCAGAGAACCGGAGACACAGUCAGUUCAGUGUGGCUUCAGAAGCCCAGGAGCAGCGGCUGUUCGCAGCGUUGCUCAUAAAGUGUGUGGUGCAGCUGGAGCUCAUUCAGACCAUCGACAACAUUGUCUUCUUCCCCGCCACCAGCAAGAAAGAGGAUGCUGAAAAUUUUGCGGCCGCACAGAGAGAUGCUCUGGACGCUGAUGUGCACGUGGAGACUCAGGACCAGGGAAUGUACCGCUACCUGACCUCUGAGCAGCUGUUCAAACUGCUGGACUGCCUGCUGGAGUCCCAUCGCUUCGCAAAGGCCUUCAACUCCAAUAAUGAGCAGAGAACUGCCCUGUGGAAGGCUGGUUUCAAAGGGAAGUCGAAGCCCAAUCUGCUGAAACAGGAGACCAGCAGCCUGGCCUGUGGGCUGCGGAUUCUCUUCCGUAUGUACACGGACCCCAGCAGGCAGGACGCUUGGGAGGAGGUGCAGAGACGCCUACUCAAUGUAUGCAGUGAUGCUGUGGCCUAUUUCCUCACCCUGACGUCAGAGAGCCACCGCGAGGCCUGGACCAACCUGCUGCUCCUCUUCCUCACCAAAGUGCUGAAGAUCAGCGAUGACAGGUUCAAGGCGCACGCCACCCGCUACUACCCUCUCCUAUGCGAGAUCAUGCAGUUCGACCUGAUUCCCGAGCUGAGAGCAGUGCUGAGGAAGUUUUUCCUUCGGAUCGGGCUGGUGUUCCACAUCGCUCAGACUCUGGAGCCGGAGCAGGAGCUGAGCUCAGAGCCCUCCAGCCCUCAAACCCCACAGGAGGCCUAAAGACGUCCCUCACUGAGCUGAAGUAAUCAGAAGAUCCCUCGUUUUAUCUGCCGUCCAACUGGUUUAGGAUUCUAAUCUCUCCAAAAGAAGGGCAAUAGGGAAGCCCAGGAAAUGAUGGGACUAUCAGUGAGCUGAAGAACGUGUUGAAGGUACUGGUAGCAUCCCACCACUUCUGCCAGGGUCUACACUGGACUAUUCGAGAUGAUCCUGGGACAGAAACCACAUCCCAUUACUGGACAAAAAAAAUGACCAGGGCUUUGUACAAUAGACUCAGAAAUCAUCUACAGGAUCAUACUGGUGAUUAUAACAGCUAUUUAAUUACUCGACCUCUGAGAACCUCAGAAGGUUCAGAUAUAUUUCAAAACGGUGUGUUUCUUGCUUUGUCUUGACAUUAUCUUAAAACUGUCUGAAUGAAAAAAGGUUUCAGCAUCAAGCAAACGAUCAGUAGUUAAAAACGAAGAGUAAUGUCCGUUACUCAAUGAUUCUAACGCCCUUUUUUUUUUUGUUUGUUUUUGUCUUUUGCACCGCUAAUGGCUAACAUUAGCAUGAAUAGCUCCUUGGAUUAAAUUAGAUGUACAGAAAAAAGCAGCUUUGUAAUAUAAUCUCAUAACACUAGACUUUAUUUCUGAAUUUUUUUUUGGUUUUCUCUGAAUUUGCUGCACUUGUUUUCCUUUUCAAAUGCACUGGAGAUUUUUACUUUUGUGAUAAUUUAUUUAACUAUGCCAUCUCUCCCAGGUUGUCUGAGAUUUCUAAUUGAUAUCAACUAUAUAUAUUCUAUUAUAUAUAGUUAAAUUAUUCCAUUUUAUAUGUACUGAUGCUUUUUUAAGUAAACACAUGAAGAAGGCGACAACUGGGAUACUUAAGAAAAAAAAAACUGGAACUUGAAAAAAGAAAAAUUGCAACCUAAUGUGAGCUGCAUCUGAAUCACUGGUCUAUAUAUCCCUCUGAAGUAAGCUUCACUGUAUGUGUACAAAUUUAAAAAGCUAAUAUAUUUAAAUCUCUUUGGUUCGGGGAUGGGCUGUAUUGUAUAGAACAUAACGAAUAACGUUAGUUGCGCUUUAAACUGUUGGUGUAAGGAUCUGAAGCAUUCCUGGUUAUGGUGAAGACGUGUAUAAUGGUACAGCACUGUAAAGUUUUCUAUGUGGAAUAAAUGAUCUGUACAACUCUGUACAAUACUGGUUAUCAUCCCACACAUCCUAAUCAGGUCAUAGGUCAAUAAAGUUUUUGAACUUGGUUUA